AUGGCGCCGCCGCCUGCAAAGCGUCGCAGGCGGAACCGGGUCGACGACGAGGAGGACGAUGAAGACGAGAAACCACAGCCCACGCCCGCCACCACGCCCAAAAAGAACAGCCUCAACUUCUAUUUCUCGUCGCCAGCCAAGGCUUCUAAAUCGCACAACGACGAGCCUCCCCCACAGUCGCCGAGUCCCAUCCGCAAGUCCACCCGCUCAACCCGUGCAGCUGUGACUACAGCUCCACCGCAGGGCAAUGGAAGCCGAAGCCGACCAAGCAGCGCGGCCCUGGCUAAGAGCUCCGGCAAGAGCCCAGCAAAGGGCAAGAAACAGAUCGAAGAGAAGGGGAAAUCGGCGAAUAUCCAGGCAUUAUUCUCCAAGCAGAGCCAAAGGGCCAUGACAGAAGGCAGGACGAACGGUGCUGCAAAGAAGGCCGAGCCCCAGCCAUUGGAUAUCCAGAGUGACCCGCUCUCAGACGACGAAGAAAUCGGAGCACAUAGAGCUGCGGGGUCGAGCCUUGUUGGGAAGAAGGCGCACAAGAGGACUGGGGAUGCUUUCAACUCCGCAACAUCUUCCGAUAUUAGCGGUGUCGCUAGCCAGAGGUUUAUGAAACCUCCACGGCUGAGCUCGGCUCCGUCAAGCGAUGGCGAGGACAAAAGGCCUUGGUCAGAACGAUUUGGCCCCCUGAACCUGGACGAGCUGGUCGUGCACAAGAAGAAGGUGGCUGAUGUGCGAAAAUGGCUUGGCGAUGUGCUCGGCGGUCGUAUGCGCCAGCGUCUGCUCGUGCUCAAAGGCUCGGCCGGCACAGGCAAGACGACCACUAUUCAAUUACUGGCAAAGGAGCUUGGCUUCGAGAUUUUGGAGUGGAGGAAUCCCACAGGCUCCGCCGGCGCUACGCAGGGCUUCCAGUCCGCCUCGGCUCAGUUUGAAGAGUUCAUGGGACGCGGGGGCAAGUUCGGCCAGUUGGAUUUGGACGACGACGACAAUUCUGCCCCUAGUACUGUCAAGACCACCGCGGGGACAUCACAGGAGUCGCAGGCAGAUCAAAAGAGGGUCAUCCUGAUUGAAGAGUUCCCCAACACCUUCAUGCGCUCCGGGAGUGCCUUGACGUCUUUUCGAAGAACAGUAAUGCAGUGCCUUGCCAACAGCACGCCGUCUCUGACAGCCCUCGGACAACACGGGCCAUCCGAACCAAUCAUCCCAAUGGUAAUGAUCAUCUCCGAGACGCUGCUUACAACCACGUCGGCAUCUGCUGAUAGCUUCACCGCACACCGGCUGCUUGGACCUGAGAUCCUCCGUCACCCUGGGACCGGAGUCAUCGAGUAUAACGAUGUUGCGCCGACCUUGCUGGUCAAAGCGUUGGAGCUCAUCGUGAAGAAGGAAGCCCGAGUCUCUGGGCGACGAAGGACUCCUGGGCCAUUGGUGCUGAAGCGCCUGGCCGAGAUCGGCGACGUCAGGAGUGCGAUCUCAUCGCUUGAAUUCCUCUGCUUGAAAGGCGAUGGCGACGCCGACUGGGGCUCCAAGGUCGCAUUCACCAAAACAAAAAAGACCAGCAAGGACCAGGUCUUGACAAAAGGGGAGCAAGAGAGCUUGGAGCUGAUUUCGCAGCGGGAGGCGAGCCUGGGGAUCUUCCACGCCGUCGGCAAAGUCGUCUACAACAAAAGGGACGAACAACCGUAUCCAGUUGGGUCGGAGGAGGCCAUGGCGGAGCAGAUGCCGCCGCACCUAGAACAAUUGUCACGACCCAAACGAUCGCAAGUAGCAGUGGAGGCGCUGAUUGACGAGACGGGAACAGACACUUCCACCUUCAUCUCGGCAUUACAUGAGAAUUACGCCCUUUCAUGCGAGCGCACCGGCCCUUCUGAUCCGAAUUCGUCUAUAGACUAUGUCAACGAUUGCAUUGAAUACCUGUCUGAGAGCGAUCUUCUCAAUCCCUCCUGGGACAUUUUCUUUGGUGGCAAAGGCUUCUCGAACAAGGGGAAGGACCAGGGUAGCCAUAUCCUCCGCCAGGACGAGAUGGCCUUCGAGGUAGCGGUCCGCGGCCUCCUGUUUUCUCUGCCAUGCCCGGUCAAGCGAAAGAGCGCAACGUCUGGCAGAGGCGGUGAUGCUUUCAAGAUGUACUACCCGACGAGCAUAAAGCUGUGGAGGACCAAGGAGGAAGUGGAGGGGCUGGUCGAUCUGUGGGCUACCAAGAUGCUCAAAGGCGAAUGCGGGAAGCCGGGGUCUGCGACCGCCCAGAACGGGAAUGCUGGAAUAAGCAGUGGGGCCUCUGCCUUUCGCAAGACUAAGGGCAGCAGCGUGGGUGACUGGGUCGGCAACCGGUCGGAAAUGAAGUACGCGGCCAGGCCGAAACCAGCGAAGGCGGAGCACGAAGAAGCGCAAGAGGCAGACACGUCGUGGCUCCUGCCACUGGGCAACUCGGCGCGGAAAGAGAUGGUCCUCGAGAGGCUACCGUACAUUGCACAUAUCUCGCGCGGCCGGCGCACGUCGUUCUGCUCGAUGGGGGUACGCGACCUGGACAAGGUGGUGUCGUUCCAGGGGAUCGGCCCGCCGGCGGAUGCGGAGUCGGACGCCGAGGUAGACGAAGGUGCCGCGCCGGCGGGAGAGGCGUGGGCGACCGACAAGCCUACAGAAGAUGCAUCGCCGAGAAAGAGGCGAGCGCCUGCGAUAAAGUCGCGCGGCGACGAGGGCGAGGGGUCAAUGAUCAGCAGCCUGCAGAACAAGCUGGUGCUGAGCGACGACGAUAUUGAGGAUGAUUGA